AUGGAGAAAGUUAAUAGCAAUUCUCUUCACGUUGAGGGGUCCUCCGCUACCCCCUCCGCCGUCGAGGCCGGCAAACACGAGGCCUUCUAUGUCGAGGAUCGGGUCGCUAAUCUGUCCGAGGAGCAUCGCCAGUAUCUCCUCGCGCGCCAUGGCACCCUUGAUCUGGAUCCUAUCCCAGAUAUGAAUGAUGCUGACCCUUAUAAUUGGCCAACAUGGAGAAAAUCAGUCAAUCUCUUCCUCGUCGUGUUCCACGCCAUGAUCGGUCUUUUCACCGCCGCCUCCAUCCAGUCGGCCUUUGUCGAAAUCUCUGCCGAUCUAGGUGUGAGCUUGCAGCGCACUAGUUACUUGGUCUCCCUGUUUAUCGCCGUCCUCGGUGGUGCUCCUCUCUUCUGGCGCCCACUAUGCAACCGCUUCGGGCGCCGACCUAUUUUCCUAAUCUCUCUCAUCUGCGCCCUGAUCGGCAACGUGGGCUGCGCGGAGAGUCACUCGUACGCAACAAUGGGUCUGUGCCGAGCUAUCACGGCUUUCUUCAUCAGUCCCGCUGCUGCCAUUGGUAGCGCCGUUGUCGCGGAAACUUUCUUCAAGAAAGAUCGCGCUCGCUGCAUGGGAUACUGGACUCUGAUGGUUACCAUUGGUGUCCCUAUUGCGCCGUUCAUCUUCGGCUUUGUUGUCUUGCGCGUUGGAUACCGCUGGAUCUACUGGAUCCUGGCCAUCACCAACGGUAUCCAGUUCAUCGUAUACUUCUUUUUCGGCUCCGAGUCGUUGUACCUUCGCACCGAUAACGCGCCCCGCCAGGUCACCAGCGUCAAGGAGAGCAUUUACAAGUUCCGUCGCAUUGACCCUACCCCCUUGCGCUUUUGGGACUUUAUUCAACCUCUGAGCUACUUCGCUAAGCCCUGCGUGGUUAUCCCAGCCUGCGCCUACGCUAUGAUCUUCCUCUUUGGUAGCAUUUGCCUCACUAUCGAAAUUCCCCAGAUCUACCCGGAGAAAUUCGGCCUCAACAGCCAGCAGGUCGGUCUUCAAUUCCUGGGUCUCAUCAUUGGAUCCGUCAUCGGCGAGCAGAUCGGCGGAUUGAUCUCCGAUCGGUGGAUGCUUCUCCGCCAGAAGCGCGCUGGCGAACCCCCGCCCCCAGAGUAUCGUCUGUGGUUGAGCUAUAUCGGCCACGCCUUGACUAUCUGCGGUAUCGUGGUAUUUGCCGUGCAACUGGGCAACUCGGGUGACACCUGGAACAUUACCCCGAUCAUCGGUGCGGGCAUCGCUGCUGCUGGUAACCAAAUUGUUACUACUAUCAACAUCACUUAUGCCGUCGACUGCUACCGCGCAGAUGCGGCUAGUGUGGGUGUGUUUAUUACUUUCGUUCGUCAGACCUGGGGAUUCAUCGGUCCCUUCUGGUUCCCCCAGAUGUUCGAGAACGUUGGCUGGGGCGGCGGUGCAGGUAUCGCUGUGGCAUUGAUGGUGAGCGUCAGUGUUAUCCCCACCAUUUUCUUGCAGUGGCGCGGCUCGAACUGGCGCAAGUGA